UCUCGCAGCUAUAUGUUUUUAAUAUUGACAUGAACAACCCUAAAACAUGCAGCUAUAUAAUUCUUGCUCAGAUCUCCACCAAAAUUUCUUCUCUACUAGCUCUGAAAUGGAAUCUAGAGAUAUUUUUGGAAGUUUAGCAGAUUUUCAGAGUAUACCAGCUCUGCAAUAUGAAAACCAGUUACUACAUGAUCCACACAAUGAAGAAUCAAGUGCAAGAAACAGUAAAAAAGAUACUGAAACUCAUGAUUGUAACUAUGAGAGGUCUGCAAUUCAUGACGAGAAUGAAGAGCUAUCCAUGGAAGCAAGGAGAAGAAAACGUGAUAAGAAACCGCGGUCCGGUACGCUGCGUAAUCUGUACGAGAAGCGGCGUAGGGAUCGAAUCAGGGAGAAGAUGAAAGUUUUGCAGGGACUCAUACCCAUUCAUCAAAGGCACGGCGAAGCUUCAAUUUUGGACGAUGCCAUUAACUAUGUUAAAGCACUAAAGUCGAAAGUAGAAAUGUUGUCUUCGACUUGGAGGCAAGAAACGCUUUUGACUCCAGCUCCAAGAAUGGGAAUGUUGAGUGUUUGUGAUCAAUAUGACGCCGUUCCGAUGCUACAGUUUCAACCGUCGCUACCAGUAGCAGGACUACACCAAAUGUCUCCCUCGCUAGCUUAUCAAUAUUGCUUUAGGCCCUAA